AUGCGGAGAACCGGAUCUCUACAAUACGUUUUUCCGUCAUUUCAGGUCACGAUCAACGCCCAAUUUCAGUGUAAGAAUGCUCGGGUCUAUUAUGAUAACGAUAAAUACGGUGUGGGACUUUUUACCUUAUCUAUAUAUGAAGAAUUCUCUUCCAAGCAAAAAGAAGAAAAAGAAGCACAGAAAGAAAAAGUUUAUGAAGCCAAAGAUAUUUUUACGCAAACAUUUGGAUCAUAUUGCAAAUUGGAUAAACAACAUCUUACAACCCAUAGACCAAGUUCAUGCACCACUUCAUUAGAUGGACGAGUUUUUCAAGGCAACAAACAUUAUGUCUACAGAUCUGUCAAGAAACUCGAUGUGACUGAUGAUAAAUUUCUCGGACAUUCUGUUCUUCGUACCUAUGUGACUAAUACUUUUCCGAAGAAUAUAUCCUACUUGCAGUUCCUUAAUGAAAUAUUCCCUCCGUACGCGAAAACUUGGGAAGGAAUGAAAAGCUCUUGGAGUAAACGAUUUUUGCGAGAGAUAAAUGAUUUGGGAAAAGACGUGAUUGAAAAGAGUAUGGGUGAAAUUCCGCCCAAGUGA